UUUUAUCUCCUUAACUUUCAUUCCAUUGCUUAACACAAUUAUAUAAUCAAUUUUAUUUCUUAUUUGUAUGCACUUUUUACGUUUAUUUUACCUCCAGGUGUGUUGAAAUAUCUCCCUACAACAGCCAAUUGAUAGAGGACAGGACUAACUAUGAAUUCAAGAUCAGCAGCCAGAGGAUUUCUAGCUUUCCUUCUAUCAUUACCAGCACUAAAGGGUGAACCCGGCUGGGCAGUUACUUACACAUCUAUGGAUGUCUGCGCUUUGAGAAAAUCAACGGUUGACAUCAACUGCACCUUUCAAUUCCCGAACCUCCCGAACAACGUCCCCCCCGUGAAUUACACAACACUGUGGUACACUAAAGGCAAGACAGAUGAGCCAGCUAAUCUGAAAGAUGAUUUAGCCUAUAGAGGUCGUAUUGAAUACAUCUGUGAAGGGUUAAGUUGUGCCUCGUCCAGCUGUAAUGGAAUGUGUACCCUGAGAAUCAAAGAACUGAGAAAAGAAGACUCUGAAAACUACAAGUUCAGGUUCAUAACAAACAUAAAAUGGGGGAAAUAUAGUGGCGUCCCAGGAGUGACGUUAUCUGUGACAGACCAGGUGAAGGUGUCCUUUCCUUCCUCUACUGAUCCUACCAGGGCAAACAUGACAUGUCGCAGUAUGUGUAGUCUAGCUGGUGGUUUUACCUACAUCUGGUUCAGGAAUGGACAGUAUGUAGAACAGGGGAUCUACUACAAAGGCAACAUUAGUUCUGAAGACAACUAUUCAUGUGCUGUUGAAGGAUACAAACAACUCCGCUCUCCUUUAGUGUACGCUCCAAAGACCCCCUCAGUGACCGUGAGUCCCUCUGGUGAAAUAGAGGAGGGCAGCUCAGUGACUCUGAGCUGCACCAGUGAUGCCAACCCAGCAGCUAACUACACCUGGUUCAAGGACCAUGAUGACUCAGUGGGACAAUCAGGACAGAACUACACCAUCACUAAUAUCACAUCUGAACUGGGAGGAAACUAUUACUGCCAAGCUCAUAAUGCAAUUGGACGUCGUAAUUCCACCUCUUUGUUAAUUAAUGCGACAGGUAAUUGUUUUAAAACACACACACACACACACACACACACACACACACACACACACACACACACACACACACACACACACACACACACACACACACACACACACACACACACACACACACACACACACACACACACACACACACACUUUGCCACUGAAAAAAUACAAGGGCCUCCAGAGAAGCAUCGGGCCUGGGGGAGGCACCAGAGAAGCUCCGGCCCUUCAGCACAGAGAGAACCAAUAGAGCCCCCUGGAACUGCCUUGUCCAAUCGGAUCAAACAGAAGGUCCUGUACUCUGUGGUCAACUGUAAAAGACGCAACGCUGUGGCUGAGUAA